AUGGCGACGAACGGCACCAAGACGGAUGGACAGGUCACUGAGCUCAACGAGGUGGCCGCCAACAGUGACAAACCCAAGUCCCUGGACGUCAAGCCAGAGAAGCAGAAAAAGGAAUUGCCAGACAGAGAAACGUGGGGAGGGAAAUUUGACUUCCUCCUGUCGUGUGUGGGUUAUGCAAUUGGACUGGGGAACGUAUGGAGGUUCCCCUAUCUCUGUGGAAAAAACGGUGGAGGAGCCUUCUUGAUCCCUUAUUUUUUGACUCUCAUAUUCGCUGGGGUCCCCUUGUUCCUACUGGAAACCUCCCUCGGUCAAUACACCUCCAUUGGAGGGCUUGGUGUGUGGAAACUGGCUCCUAUGUUUAAAGGUGUGGGCCUCGCAGCAGCUGUCCUGUCCUUCUGGCUUAACAUUUACUACAUUGUAAUCAUUUCUUGGGCCAUUUACUACCUGUACAACUCCUUCACCUCUGAACUUCCAUGGAGCUCAUGUAACAACGCGUGGAACACAGAGAAAUGUUACACCAACCACUCCAUUGCAGACACCACCAAUCUCACCAGUUCAGUGAUGGAGUUCUGGGAGCGCAACAUGCAUGAAAUGACCGAUGGCUUGGAAAAACCAGGCCAGAUUCGAAUGCCGCUGGCGAUAACGCUUGCCAUCGCCUGGAUCCUCGUGUACUUCUGUAUCUGGAAAGGGGUUGGCUGGACAGGGAAGGUCGUUUACUUCUCAGCUACAUAUCCCUACUUCAUGCUGUUUAUUCUCUUCUGUCGUGGGGUGACUCUACCUGGAGCUAGAGAGGGAAUUCUGUUCUACAUCACCCCUGACUUUCAAAAACUCAAAGAAUCGGAGGUAUGGCUGGAUGCAGCUACCCAGAUCUUUUUCUCCUAUGGAUUGGGAUUGGGUUCACUUAUAGCUCUGGGCAGUUAUAACCCUUUCAAUAACAAUGUGUACAGAGACUCCAUCAUUGUGUGCUGCAUCAACUCGUGUACCAGCAUGUUUGCUGGCUUUGUGAUCUUCUCUAUUGUCGGCUUCAUGUCACACGUGACAAAGAGACCCAUCGCCGACGUAGCAGCUUCAGGUCCUGGCUUAGCUUUCCUGGCCUACCCGGAGGCGGUAACCCAGUUGCCUGUGUCUCCUCUCUGGGCCAUUCUGUUCUUCUCCAUGCUGCUCAUGCUGGGGAUAGACAGCCAGUUCUGCACGGUUGAAGGCUUCAUCACUGCCCUGGUUGACGAGUUUCCCAAAGCUCUUAGGGGCAGACGGGAGCUCUUUAUCGCGGUCGUCUGUCUGGUGUCCUAUGUGAUCGGACUUUCAAACAUCACACAGGGUGGAAUCUAUGUGUUCAAACUGUUCGACUACUACUCUGCCAGUGGAAUGUGUCUGCUGUUCUUGGUCUUCUUCGAAUGCAUCUCUAUAUCCUGGUGCUACGGUGUGAACAAGUUCUACGACAACAUCCAGGAGAUGAUUGGCUACAAGCCCUGUAUAUGGUGGAAGAUGUGCUGGGUCGUGUUCACCCCUCUCAUCGUCGGUGGGGUGUUCUUGUUCAGCGCCAUACAAAUGGUUCCUCUCAAAAUGGGAGACUAUGUGUUCCCAGGCUGGGGUCAGGGAGUGGGCUGGCUCAUGGCGACGUCCUCCAUGAUUCUCAUACCAGGAUACAUGAUCUAUAUGUACCUCGGACUCAAGGGCACAUACAAAGAGCGCCUUCGGAUAAUGCUCAGGCCUCCUGCAGUUGUCAGGCGGCCUCAGGUGAAUGGACCCGAGCAGCAGGCGGAGACCAACACGGCGAACCUUUCCAGUCCUGCUAAUCCAGCUAGCCCUGUCAACCCGGCUCCAGCAAACCCCGCCAGCCCCACCAGCCACCCCGUCAACGCCACCAGCCCCGUGACCCCUGCUAACCCUGCUCCCCUGCCAGCCAAUCCAGUCGCCACAGCAGUCGCCCCCACCCCCGCCCCUGCCCCUGUCCCUGCCCCUAGCCCGGUGAACCCUGCAACUAGUCCCACCGCCACCAUUACCAUCAGCACCACCACCACCACCACCACGGCCAGUCCGGCUAUUCCCGCCCCUACAACUGUUAGCCCGACCAGUCCACCGUCCAACGCAGCUGGCCCAACGGAGACCGUGAACCCCCCGAACCCAACCAGCCCGACCUCUAACCUGACCAAUGCCGAGGCCAACGUGUAG